AUGGACGACACAAUCACCACCACAGGCACCACCACCACCGUCGGUCCCCUCCCACCCACCACCGGCCCCCACAACCGCGGCGGCAUCGGCUCCUCCACCUCCAUGACCGCUCCCCCCGGCAUCGACUCUCCCUCCGGCAUAACCUCCGAGUCCUCCCUGACCCCCGUCGCCCCCGUCUCCGGUGACGCUCGCACCUCCAAAGCCGUCAAUAGUCGGCGCUUCUCCGGCUCCUCGUCCACCGGCAGAACAGGCGGCACGGGCAUCGGCCACGGCGGCAUGCGCAAGUGGGGCGCUGAUCCUGCGCAGUCUAUGAGUCGCAUGGGAACAGGGGCGAGGGAUACCAGUGAUAGCAAGUUGAUUGAUGAUAGUACUAAGCUUUUCCCUUCUACUUCUUCUUCUACUGGUGGGGAGAUGGGCUUCAGUGGUGGUAUCAGUGGUAUCGGUGCGGGAGAGGGAGAGGGAAAUGUGUUUAGGAAUGAGCGGAAUGCUAGUAUUAGCAGUACUAGUAGCACGGGAAGUGAUCGGUUGAUGGGGCCGGCUAGUGCGGUUACUGAGUAUCCGCAUCCUAGACGGUCAUCCCACGGCCUCUUCGAAGGCUUAACCGCCCAGAAGAGACGCAACGACCCGGCUAGUGUCGCGCGCAGACAGAGCUUGAGCGAGCAGAGGCCGUCUACUGGGUUCAUUGCUAAGAUGUGGGAUAACUGGGUACGCGGCGUCCCUCCUGACAUCUAA